AUGAAGUUCCACACUCCUGCUUCACUUCUUCUCUCCGCCUCCGUGACGCUUACUCUCGCCGCUGAUAUCUCGGAAUAUGUGACGGCGCCAGAAGCCAUCGAGCCGCUCUUCGAUGUCGAGGCGCUCCCUCGGAUUGUCAACAGACGACAGAAUGCGACAGAGUUCUGCAGGACCUCUCCAGGAGAUGCGGACUGGCCUUCGGAUGCGGACUGGGAGGCUUUCAAUGAGACCGUGAAAGGCGCGCUCAUCAAGCCUGUGCCCAGGGCUGCCGUGUGCCAUAAGAGCUGGCCGGAAUACUACGACGAGGAGAAGUGCAAACAUGUCGUGGCGAACUGGAAUAAUCACGAGGAGCGUGUGGCGAAUCCUACAGAUCUGAUAUAUAACUACUUCCAAGGCGAAUCUUGCUACCCCUCCCUGGACCCCUCCACGCCCUGCACCACCGGCGGCGAUCCUGCAUAUGUCGUGAAUGUCACUACGCCCGAGCAAAUCGCCUCGACGAUCAAGUUUGCAAAAGAAAAGAACAUCCGGCUCAUCAUUAAGAACACAGGCCACGAUGUCAGCGGAAAGAGCACGGGCGCAGGGUCGCUUAGCAUAUGGACGCACAAUAUGAAGUCCAUUGAGUGGCUUCUAGACUACAAAACUGCUUUCUACUCUGGCCCGGCGAUUCGGGCUGCUGCCGGUGUUUCAGUGGGCGAAUUCUAUCAGGUGGCUGAAGACCAUGGCGUCACUGUUGUCGGGGGCGAGUGCUCGACCGUAGGUGUAGCGGGCGGCUAUCUCUCAGGCGGCGGUCACUCGCCCGUAGGCGGCUUAUUCGGCAUGGGCGCCGACAACGUCGUCGAGCUGACAGCCGUUCUCCCCAACGGGACCCACGCAUACAUUACCUCGACCACCACCCCUGAUCUCUUCUGGGCCUUCCGCGGCGGCGGCGGCUCCACCUUCGGCAUCGUAACUUCCGUGACCGUCAAAACGCAUCCCAAAAUCCACACCACCGUCUCGCAAUGGGGUUUCGCCACCGGCGUCUCCGGCAACACCACCGUCUCAAAUGAGACCUUCUGGCAGGGCGUGCGCGCCUACCUCGAGCACGUCCCCGCAAUCGCCGACUCAGGCUCGCAAGCCUUCGCCUCCGUCGCGCCCUCCACCAGCGGCUACACAUUCAAAAUCUCCUCCUUCGUCGCGCCCAACCACACCGUCGCCGACUACGACACCCUCAUGGCGCCCUUCUUCCGCAAGCUAACCAACCUAGGCAUCAGCGUCGCGCAAAACACCACCUUCCACCCCUCCUACUUCGGCGCCUGGCAGCGCGCCUUCCCCAAGAUCAGCACGCCCUACGAUCCGAACAAGCCCCUCCUCUCCACAGGAAGCCGCCUCUUCCCGCGCCAAAACUUCGAGGACGCAGCGCUCUUUGGAGACACGCUCGCCACGCUGAAGCGCAUCAACGAUAUGGGCUACAGCUUUAUCUUCUACGCGCAGGACAACCAUCUGCGCGCGGGCGUCGACAACGCCAUUAAUCCAGCCUACCGCGCCUCCGUCGUUUUCCUCAUGGUCUCAGCCAAGUACCCUGCGCGCGCAUCGCCGGCCGUGGUGAACAGCGCGCGCGACACGGUGACGAAGGUGCUAGUGCCAAUGCUGAAGAAGCUGACGCCUGGAGGUGGGACGUACAUGAACGAGGCGGAUGUGCGGGAGGAGGGGUGGCAGCAGAGUUUCUUUGGCGGCAAUUAUGCGCGGCUGUUGGAGCUGAAGAAUUUGGUGGAUCCGGAGAGGCUGUUUUGGGCGAAGACGGCGGUGGGGAGUGAGGAGUGGUAUGUGCAGGAUGAUCGGGGGUUGCCGGAGGUGCAGACGGGGAGGUUGUGUAGGAGGGCGUGAUUGGGUGUGGUGGGCAGAGGGUAGGCAGGCCGGUGGGUGAUGGAGGAG